ACACCAUCGACGCCGAUAAUGCCGGGUGGAGCACCUGGGACACCUUCCUCCAAAGCCAAGGAAAAACUGAUGCUGAGGACAAAAGUAGUAGUAGCACUGUAUCCAUUUCGUGCAAUCGAGGGAGGAGAUUUGUCAUUGGAAAAGGGCGCCGAGUACGAGGUACUGGAUGACUCACAGGAGCACUGGUGGAAGGUCAAGGAUGAAAAUGGAUCCAUCGGGUAUAUUCCGAGUAAUUACGUCAAAGAAAAAGAACUCUUGGGUCUUCAGAAAUACGAAUGGUAUGUGGGCGAUAUGUCGAGGCAACGAGCUGAGUCUCUACUCAAGCAAGAGGACAAAGAGGGCUGUUUCGUCGUUCGGAAUUCAUCUACCAAGGGCUUGUAUACUCUCUCGCUCUACACUAAAGUGUAA